AUGGCUGCUGAUGAAGAAAUUCUUUGUAAGGAAUGUGGCAAGAAGUUACAGAUAUACGAGCUAAAUUUAACUGAGAAAAUCCGUCUGUGUCCAACUGAUGGGUGCCUAUAUCCUCUGGAUAUAUCUGACCACAUUGAAAUCAUAUCCAAUGACAAUGGGCAAUCAUGUGACAAUUUUGUAACUCCAGAGCCUUGCCCUCCUUUAAACAAUAAACCCCUACCUGCUCCAGUGCCACGCCCUGCACAGGAAAACUUCCAGCCAGUCCUUAAUGCCCUUACUCACCACCAUUCCAAUGAUAAACUGCAUGAUAUUGGGCCACCAAAAACCCCCAUGGUGGCCGGUAAGACAAAUAUGCAGCAAGAUGCUUCCAGCUGUAACCCCUCGACCUUGCUCAACCUUCCAAAAUCGAUGGAGUCGAUCAUCCGGAAGGUGGCAAUGCAAAACAAAACCUUUUCUGCUUUGCUACCAACAGAGUUCCUGAACCCUGAAACUGCUAAACUGAACCCUCCAAAAAGAAAACUCCCAAAUGCUGACACUAGUCCUGCUGCGGCCCCACUACCCGGUCAUUUAGUCCAGAAAAAGACGAAAACCAAACAAACAAAAUCAAAAUCGAAAGUUGUGUUACAGUGGCCCAAUGCAGAUGCUCUAUGCUGGCUUGACGUCAUCCUCUGUCUUUUUGUUCACAACAAAAUUCUCAAGAGCCGAGUAAGCCAGUUGCAUGAGAUGGACACCUCCGUACUGAAGGCGCUGUUCACAGCCUACGAAGAAGCUUGUCUUACACUCACCCGAUGUGAGAGAGACUUAUCGUCACAUUUUGGGUCAGGCCAAGCCCCGAAUAUUGGACCUAAGCAAGUGAUGUCUGCAAAAAACCGGAUCCGCAAUGAUGCUGUGAAGGUGGCUGUAAAGAUUUUGGAAGGCGUUCGAGAAAGGGUUUGGAAACAAAUUCAGAGUCGCGUUGGCUGCGAGAAGAACGUGGCAGACAGUCCGAUAUUUGCACUUCUUGCCCUAGAGAAGCAGGAGCAAGUGAUUCGGGACGUAUUCACUCUCUCUUACUGUCUGGACUUUACUUGUACCCUUUGUGGCUACCGAACAUCUUCAAGUCAUAAUAAAAUCUUGCCGACUUUGGAAGCAGCUCCAGAGUUUUCAGCAUCACAUAUGUUGCACAUUGUCAAAUGCGCCAAGUGCAAUAGUCAGCAACAGAGAAGAAUUCUGCAACCCAGCAAGUUUAGUGACUCUCUUCUUGUACACUUUCUAAAAGGAGUUCCGUUUGCUAACAUUUCACAUCUGGAUUUUAGUAUUGAGAAAGAACGCUACAAAGUCACAGGCCUAGUCCAAUACACCCACAACCCUGAUCACUUUGUGGCUUGGGUUAAAUAUACAGAAAAAAAAUGGGUUCGCUGUGAUGACUUACAAAAUCCUGUCUGCACAUUCAUGGUUGAAAAGCCCCCUGUGCCACCUGAGGAAGUUCACCUGGUUAUGUGGGAAAAAGUGUCCACUUCCCGGACAUCUUGUCCACCUCCAUUGUCCACUCAGCCAAAGGAGCCUCCCACAACGAUCAAGGCAUGUCUUCCUGUUUCGUCUGUUACAAAAGACACCUCUUCUGCAAACAUCAAGCCAUGCCUACCUACUGUAUCUGCACCAAGGGAGACACUGCCAACUUUAAACCUGUGUCCUCCUAACGUGCCCCCAAUGAGGGAGACGCCCGCCGACCCCAUGUCAAUGCAAUUGAAUCCAGGCAUUCCUGAGAUGAUGUCCAUUCAAAGGGAGACCCCCAUGUACCCACCAGGUAUCCCUGAGUCUGCCCCAACACCACUGACUUUUGCAGGCAGAUUGAAACGGCCAACACCCAUGUCUAUCCCACAGACUAUUCCUCCAGUAUCACCGAUGCCACCCAUGUUACCUGUCACCCACCCAAACUGUGAGAACUUUCCACAGGGUACCACCAUUCCACGUACAGGUUCCAAUCCCCGGACCAAAAUACUUCCUGUAAACCUCCAGAGUGAAAACCGUAUGGAUCGACUGAAAGCUAACUUGGCCCUCAUAAAGAAAUUUAAAAGAUGA